UCUGUUAUGUCAGACAGCGGUCACUCUGAUGUUGUGAAGUCUGGUUCUCUUUAUCUCAAGUGGAAACGUUUGUAUGACGGAGCCUCAAAGACAUGUGAGGAGUGGACAAAACGAUGGGUUGUGCUGAGAAAGCAGUCUAGUAGAGGAGUUGCACGACUGGAACAUUUUGAAAAGGUGGAAGACGUCAACGAGAGCAAAAGCAAGGAGGUCAUUUCACUCGUUGGUGUAUGUGAGGUUACAAAAGGUUUUCACAUGAUGAACAAAGACGUUUUUGAGAUCAAGUAUAGUGCAACUCACACACGCUGUCACAGUUUACUCUGCGGUACUAGCAAUGAGACGGACACGUGUGAGUGGCAGGCGUCUAUUGCAUCAUUUGUAUCGUCUCGCAUAGUCAGACAGCAACGUGUUCUGCAAAGAGGAUCGGAUGAUAUGGAUGAUCACACUCGACCUGUUACCACCAAACUACAAGAUGACACGGACAUGUACAGAUGCAAAGCAGCAGUUUGCACACUAAUGAAAGAAACACAAGAUUCAGAAAUAUUUCGCGUUACCAUUGAACCAACCGAAUGUUCCAAUACUUUGAAACUACAUGGAAAUUACAUUUUGUUGAUUGUCGACAACUCAAGACUUGUGCUAUCGCCCUUAUACCCUACUCAAGCUGGUAUUGAAUGGGAUCUGACACAUAUUAGAAAUUUCAAGUCUCUUGGCGGCAACACACUUGUUAUUACUACCGGACGACGAUCGUCCACGGGACUGGGAACGUUUCGUUUCCUGACGAAACGAGCAGACUGCGCAUUCACUAAACUAAACAGAAAAACACAUAAACUUGUAGCACAGCAGCAACGGACUGCACAACGUCAAUCAUUAGAAGAGACAUGCAAAGAUCAACUAUUGCCACAAUCGAUUCCUCCUCCUAGCGGCGACGCCCCUGAUUUGUAUGACGAGGUGAUUAACGAGAUAUACGACAGUUUCUAAGUUAAUUAAACAAACUGCACCCAAAUCGUGACAGAGUAGAUAGCUAGGACAGACACACAACUCUGUAUUAGUUAGAAAUAUCUGUAGACAUUUUUUGCGGUUCGCGCUGUAAAGAUCGCACUAGAUGCCACAUUGAUCAUUCUAUAUAACGUAUUUGAUUAAUUAACUUACCGACCCGAAGGCGGAUGACCACA